AUGUCAUUGAUAGCAGAUUUAACGUGGAUAAAACGUGGAAUACCAAAGCCUAUACCGGACAAGGUAAAGUUAUCGUCAGAAGAAAUCAAAACAUUAAUUCAAGAAGGUGAACCGGAAACUAGUGAAUUAUCCGAUAUGGAUGGUACAUCUGCUGUCGAGACUCAACAACGAAGAGGUAUUCGUGGUUCAAGUCCCGAUGUAGAAGAUGAAGGGAUGGAUACUGAUAGGUAUAGGUUGGAUCAGUAUGAUGAAAGCGGUGACGAAAGGUCUAAUCCUUUGGCUGGAAUAACGACAUUUGCAUCACCUCUGGAAGACCCGCACAUAACAACUUAUGUGAAUAGUGAUGAAGAAGAUCAGGAAGAUUUUGAAAUUAAACCCGACGAUAAUCUUGUUGCAGUUGCUAAAGUUUAUAAAAAUGAAUAUACUUUGGAAGUGUAUUUAUACAAUGAGGCAGAAAGCGAUUGGUACGUUCAUCACGAUUAUAUUUUGGAUGUGCCACCAUUAUGUUUGGAACCAAUAUCUUUUGAUCCAGGAAGCGAUGAUAAGAAAGGUAACCUUGUAGCUGUUGGCAGUAUUGAUGCAUCAAUAAGUAUUUGGGAUUUGGAUCUAGUGAACUCAGUGGAACCGGCAGUAAUUCUUGGCAAAGCAAAGGCUACGAAGAGGAAACAACAAAAGCGUGAUGGUAGUGCGCAAAAACAUUCUGGUGCUGUACUUUCGUUAACAUGGAAUCGUUUAACGGAACAUAUUCUGGCAUCUGGAGGUGCUGAUAAUUCCGUGAUAUUGUGGGAUCUUGAAGAAGUGAAGCCUGCAACAGUUGCAACACAUUUCGGUGGAAUGGUGCAAGCUGUGGAAUGGCAUCCAGUUGAAUCAUCUAUUCUGUUAACAGGAACGUUAUCAAGUCAAGUUGGAUUAACAGAUUGUAGGGAAUUUAACAAUUUAUCGAGGCAGUGGGAAGUAAGUGGUGAAGUGGAACGACUUACAUGGAAUCAUUUCUCUCCAUUUUAUUUCUUUGUCGUCACUGACAGCGGUCAUUUCUAUUACAUGGAUACACGUAAAAAUAAACCUGUUAUAUCGAAAAAAGUGCAUGAAGGAGGUGCUCGUAGCGUUGUGCAAAGUUGUUACACCAAAGGCUUGUUAUCAACAUGUGGUGAGGAUGGGCUGUUAAAAAUUUGGCGCUUGGAGGAAAGUAUGUGUGAUUUGGAAUUUGUUACAGAACAUAAUGUUAACCUUGGAAGCUUGCAUAUAUGUCGUUUUUCACCGGAUUCUGGAAGCGUCCUUGCGGUUGGUGGUGAGAAAGAAGAAAUGGUAAAAAUUGUUGAAGUUAGCAAAUUCGAAGAAGUACGAACAGCAUUCAGUUGA